CACCACCACCACCACCACCAUCAAAAUGACCCCCUCCACCUCCCCCCUCCAAUUCCACCACCCCACGGCCCUCCUCCUAAUCGACAACCAAAACGGCUUCACCCACCCCACCCACUGGGGCACCACCCGUUCCAACCCGGACUACGAAACCAACCUCUCCACGCUCCUAACCACCUUUCGCCGUGCCUCCACCUCCACCACCUCCCUCCAAAUCAUCCACAUCUUCCACUCCUCCACCACGCCGACCUCCCCCCUCCACCCAAGUUACAUCUUCCCCAACACGGAGAAAAAGGGAAUCGACCCCCUGCCAGGAUGUACCCCCCUCGCACACGAAAAAACCAUCUACAAAUCCGUCAACUCGUCUUUCAUCGGCACCGACCUGGAAGCAUAUCUCCGGGACCAAGGGAUUAGGCAGUUACUUGUGGCGGGGUUGACGACGGAUCACUGCGUGAGUACCACGGUGCGGAUGGCGGCGAAUCUGGGGGUUGUGGAUCGGGUUAAGUCACAGGCAGAGGGGGGAAUGGAAGGGGAGGUGGAGAAAGGCCGGAUUGUGUUGGUGGGGGAUGCGACGGCGACGUGGGAUAAGUCGGGGUGGGAUGCUGAGACGGUGCAUGGCGUGUCGUUGGCGAGUUUGGAUGGCGAGUUUGCUGAGGUGUUGGGCACGGCCGAGGUCGUUGGGGCUUUGCUUAGUAUUUAUUGAUUGAUUUGUUGAUAGUACUGUGUGUCUUGUCGUGGUGUGGUAUGGAACAACUACUGCUUCCGUCACAUUCGGAAUAUG